UGCGUCAUUCCGCUAGCGUGGAAAAUCCCCGAGGCGGUAUAUAAACCGGUAACAGAGGCUGGCCGUUCACUAUACCACUUGAUCGUUCAUGAGUGAGGAGGUCGCCCGCCUGGCUGUCACCCUGCACGCCCGUCUAUUCUGCGUUCCGGAGUGAAGUCGAAGCCAAUCCACAGACGAAGAUGACCGACAUGCAAGAGGGACUACGCCAUCGGCUUCUUCAGGAGCUGGAAUGUCCAGUCUGCAUGGAGUACAUGGUUCCACCCAUCAUGCUGUGUAACAACGGCCACAAUCUCUGCUGUAACUGUAGGGUCACACUUGAGAAGUGUCCCAUCUGCAGUGGUCCAUUUCUGAAGGUACGGAACCUUUCUCUGGAGAGCCUCGCCACCGAGACACUGUAUCCUUGCAGAAACAUCCAGAGGGGUUGCACGAAGCUCCUCACCAAGAUGACAGUCAAGUGCCAUGAGACCGAGUGUGCGUUUGAUAACCAGAAGUGUCCUUUUGCCAAGAUAUCAAACACUCGGUGCAACUGGGUUGGUUCACUGGAUACUGUGAGACGACAUGUAGAGAGAAAUCACAAGGGCAGCUGUGUCCAGCGCGUCUCAGGGAAGUUCAAGACCGUUCUUCACAACGUGUCGCGUUCGCAGAGAUAUUACCAGGCCAUAAUAACUCUCGAUGAUCUGUUUUACGUGAGUUGGAGAGUUCACAGUGACGCUUUCUACUGCGCUGUGUUCUAUGUGGGGCCACAGGAAAAUGCUUCCGAGUUCAAGUACAGGUUUUCAAUUUCAACGAAGGAUGGAGAUUGUUAUUCGUUGUCUGCUGUCUCUCACAGUUAUUUUGAGAAUGUAAAUGACGUUGUUCGACAAGGAAAGUGCGUUACGAUAGAUUACAGCGAUGUGCAGAGAUGUUUUACGGACAACGGCGACCUGCCCUUCAGAAUGGAGAUUUCUCAGAUCUAAACAAGGAAAUUAUUGGAAAAAAAAAUGUGAUAAGAUGCAUCUAAAGCCAUUCUAGUGUCUGAACUUUAAAUAUUCUUAUUAGUUUUAAUAUUACUGUGCCAACAGUCUAACUUUGUGGAGUGAAUUAACGUCUUCCUUAGCCUUUGGUGCUCUGUGCUAACUGCAUAUGUCACGUCCCUUAACAGUCAGCAACUCUGUUGACAGAAUGUAUAUAUGGGUCUAAUAUGACUCGCAGAGUAAAUAGUGCUCAUUUCCUUAAACAGCAUCAAGCAGUUGGUCUUUGUAAUGGAGAAACAUUACAAAAUGUUUUGAGUCAGGAAUUGAACUUUUAAAUAUUUUUUUAUACAAAUUUCUUGCUUCAAAGUGUUAAAACAAAUGUUAAAUUUAGUACUAAUUUCUUCGUAAACUACGUAGAAUACUGAAAGAUUAUACAUUGAAGAUACUUUGUUUUAUCUACGUAGUGUUUUCAUAUCAUUUAAGACUGAACACUAUUGAGUGUUUAAAAAGUGAUUCAUGGAUUCAACCGUUCUCUGCUCCUCUGAAAAUGUCUUCGAUUUCUUUAAAUUUCACUUGUCAAAAGACUCAGAACUGAAAGAUUUAGUGACGUUUGUCAGCAGGAGAGAUUGUAAAAAAGUAGGUUCUGAUGGCUAAUUUUUUAAAGCACUCCUUAAAUCCUGAUUUUCAACAUACUACUGUGGUAUCAAACUGAAAAUGAAUACCAUUUGAGGAAACAUUCUGAAUUAAGUCUUAUCUGUAUGAAUAAUAAUUUUUGUGUAAAAAAAAAACACGAAUCUAAAGACAUUUAAUUUCUAAAGCAUUUGAACUGGGUGUCUCAAACAAAUAUGUUUGUUACGAGUAAAAAAAUAACAACUCAUAUAAGUUUCUGAAUACAGUGAUUCUAAUUUUAAACACAUUGUAAUUAGGAGUAUUAAUCCUACUACUUACAAUGUCUGUUUGUUGCCAUGCUGAAAACAGAUUAAAAAAAUUCAUGUACUGAUGUCUUUUCACAUCCAUACGUCAUAAUCAAUUUGUUCUGUACUUACCUGAUAUCCAUUUUAUGAGAUUAGAUAUAUAUAUUUUUUUUAUUUUGCACGUAUUCAUAAAUGUUCAGUUUAGCUUUGUCUAAUAUUACAUUCAUUGUGCCAAGCUUAGUUGUACCUGAGGAAAACUUAUAAUAAACAGAAAAAUUACAAUACUAA